AGAAGUCUGGCGCGUCUUUCAUCCAACAAGCGUAUUUUUAUGUUCUGUUCACUGGGUAUACCUGUUUGAAAUGGUAAGUUUCAGUCACUUUUAAUUGAUUCAAUAUAGGCUCGUAGUGCAGAAAAAGCAAUGACUGCUCUCGCUCGAUGGAGAGCAGUUUAUGUGGAUCGUGUUCAAGAGACGAAGAAAAGGCCAUAUAUCGCUUCUGAGUGUACCGGGUUAAAGGAUUCUCUGUAUUACAGACGCCAAAUCGUUCAUGAAAUAUCUCGAAAAAUAGCUCAAAUACAAAAUCCUAGCUUAGGUGAAUAUAAACUAAGGGAUUUGAAUGAUGACAUAAAUAAGCUUAUUCGAGAAAAAUCACACUGGGAAGACCACAUAAAAAACCUUGGGGGUCCUGACUUCAAAGCAGAAGCGCCGAAAAUGCUUGAAAAAGAGGGAAAAGAAGUUCCUGGCAAUAGAGGAUACAGAUAUUAUGGAGCAGCUCGUGAUCUUCCGGGAGUGCGCGAAUUAUUUGAAGAAGAUCCUCAACCAGUAGCUAGGAAAUCUAGAGGCGAGUUAAUGAAGCUAGUUGACGUAUCGUAUUAUGGUAACUGUGAUGAAGAUGAUGGUGUAAUUGUACCUCAGGAAGCUGUUUAUGAGCAAGAAGCUAUUGCGCAUAAAAUUGCUGAAUGGAAAUAUCGUAAAGCAUCUGACUCUCAACCAGGAUAUUCAUGCAAGCCGCUCGGGGAUGAAUUUGAUGAACUAGAUGAGGAUAAUGCGGAUACCAGAAACAUAUAUGACGUUGGUGACAAUCCGGCUGAUAUAGAAUUGAUGCGUCUUUAUGAAGCAAUUGAUGAAAAUAAUGAAGUUGGGUCGAUUGACUUUUCUAAUGCAGAACAAUUAGUAGCACUAAUAAAUGACGACGAAAAUACAGAUGAAUUAGAUGAUCAUACAGGAAGGUCGGCCACCAAAUCUAUGAGUUCUUUAAGCAAUACAGUGAAGCGAGCAUUCGUCGCCCAUGUUCCAAUCUACUCACAAGAGCAGAUUGAAGCGGCACUAGUAGCCCAGCGCAAACGUGAAAUUCUUGAGAAAUAUAUGUCUAGUGAUCUGUUAGCAAGUAUGGCACAAACUGGGGAAAUCCUUGGCUUUGAAAAUGACGAAAUAAACCCAAGUUAUCAAGUUGUAAACGACAGUCAUUUUUCGUCAAUCCCGAUAACAGACUCCAAUGUUAACGUUGACUUGGAUACAAGUGAAGGAGAGAAAAAGAAAUAAUGCUUUAUUUUGUAGCCUUUAGAAUGUAUAUUUUUGUACAAAUUUCAAGCAUUUAAGUAAUGCAAUCAG